ACACGGAAAACGACAAGCAAAGGACGAGAGCAAAAAAGUAAAAAGGAAAAAGAACGGAAAAGCCAACUACGCACUUGUUACGUUGCCAUUGCCCUCGAUCCGCGUCUGUUCUGAAGCGAACCUUACUAGUUAAGUUCUCGUUGCAACAAAACCUUGAGCAAUAUAGUUUCUAAACCCUCGUUUGUUUCCGGAAACGCGCUUGCACGCAGCACACAGUGAAGUUCGAGUUCGUAGAGAGCAGGCGAAUCCGCCGCCGCCAUGGUUAGGGCUCGCGAGAACUGGGAGAAGCUGGUUCGAGCGACACUGAAGAGGGAGCAGCUAAGGAAUGCAGGCCAAGGACACGCCAGAGUCCCCAGUGGAAUCGCCGGCGCGGUUCCUCCGUCGCUCGCUCAAACUACCAAUAUUGAUUUGAUCUUGCAGGCCGCCGAUGAAAUUCAAUCGGAGGAUCCUAACGUUGCUAGGAUCUUGUGCGAGCAGGCAUAUAGUAUGGCUCAAAAUCUGGAUCCCAACAGUGAUGGUAGGGGAGUUUUACAAUUCAAGACCGGUUUAAUGUCUGUAAUCAAGCAAAAACUUGCUAAGAAGGAUGGGGUUCGGAUUGAUCGCAAUCGUGACAUGGAAAACCUUUGGAAGUUUUAUCUUCACUACAAGCAACGUCAUAGAGUGGAUGACAUCCAACGAGAAGAACAGAGAUUGCAAGAAUCUGGAACUUUUAGCUCCUCACUGGGAGAGUUGAAGCUUAGAUCAUCAGAAAUGAGAAAGAUCAUUGCUACACUACGGGCUUUAGUGGAGGUCCUGGAGGCACUUAGUAAGGAUGCUGAUCCCAGCGGAGUUGGAGGACUCAUAAUGGAGGAGUUGAGAAAAUUAAAGAAGUCAAGUGUGACAUUAUCUGGAGAGCUUACACCAUACAAUAUUAUUCCUCUGGAAGCACCGUCGUUAACCAAUCCUAUCAGAAUUUUCCCUGAAGUUAAAGCAGCAAUAUCUGCAAUUAGGUAUACUGAUCAGUUCCCUAGUCUUCCUGCUGGAUUUAAAGUAUCUGGACAAAGGGAUGCAGAUAUGUUCGAUCUUCUAGAAUUUGUGUUUGGUUUUCAGAAAGACAAUGUAAGGAACCAGCGCGAAAAUGUUAUCUUGAUGAUAGCAAAUAAGCAGUCUGGACUUGGAAUACCUGCUGCAACUGAUCCAAAAAUAGAUGAGAAAACAAUCAAUGAAGUAUUCUUGAAGGUGCUAGAUAACUAUAUCAGGUGGUGCAGAUACUUGAGAAUUCGUCUUGCUUGGAAUAGUUUAGAAGCUAUUAACCGGGAUCGGAAGCUUUUUUUGGUUUCCUUGUAUUUUCUUAUUUGGGGUGAAGCUGCAAAUGUUCGUUUUCUUCCUGAGUGUAUUUGCUAUAUAUUCCACAAUAUGGCCAAAGAGUUGGAUGCUAUUUUGGAUCAUGGAGAAGCUGGACCUGCUCUCAGCUGCGUAACUGAUGACGGUUCUGCAAAAUUUCUUGAGAAAAUAAUUUGUCCUAUUUAUGACACGCUAGCUAAAGAAGCUGCUAGAAACAACAAUGGCAAAGCUGCACAUUCAGCAUGGAGGAAUUAUGAUGACUUCAAUGAAUACUUUUGGUCCCCUGCUUGUUUUGAAUUAAAUUGGCCAAUGAGAACAGAUUCUCCGUUCUUGCGGAAACCUACACUUUCGAAAAGGUCAAAAAGGACUGGUAAAAGCAGUUUUGUUGAGCAUAGGACAUUUCUUCACCUGUAUCGAAGCUUCCAUCGACUUUGGAUCUUCUUGGCACUAAUGUUUCAGGCUUUGACUAUCAUUGCUUUCAAUCAUGGACAUAUCAAUUUGGAUACCUUUAAAACAAUACUUAGCAUUGGGCCAUCAUUUGCAAUCAUGAAUUUUUCCAAAAGUUUCUUAGAUGUGUUACUUACAUUUGGGGCAUACACGACUGCAAGGGGGAUGGCUGUUUCAAGACUAGUUAUAAGGUUUUUUUGGGGCGGCUUGACUUCUGUUGCUGUAACAUAUCUUUACCUGAAAGUUUUGCAGGAGAGAAAUAGUCGGAACUCUGAUAAUUCAUUCUAUUUCCGGAUAUACCUUCUUGUUCUUGGUGUUUAUGCCGCAUUACGACUAUGCUUUGCACUGUUGCUCAAAUUUCCAGCUUGUCAUAAGCUUUCGGAAAUGUCUGAUCAAUCAUUCUUUCAGUUUUUUAAGUGGAUUUAUCAAGAACGAUAUUAUGUUGGACGUGGUCUUUAUGAAGGAAUAAGUGAUUACUGCAGGUAUGUGGCGUUUUGGUUGGUGGUACUUGCCUGCAAAUUCACCUUUGCUUACUUUCUCCAGAUUAAACCUCUUGUUGAACCUACCAAUAUUAUUGUUGAUCUUCCGUCUUUGACUUACUCAUGGCAUGAUUUUAUCUCAAAGAACAAUAACAAUGCCUUUACUAUUGUUAGCUUGUGGGCGCCUGUUGUGGCUAUUUAUCUCAUGGAUAUUCUCAUUUUUUACACUGUCAUGUCAGCAAUUGUUGGUGGUGUGAUUGGUGCACGGGCUCGGCUAGGCGAGAUUCGUUCAAUUGAAAUGGUGCAUAAGCGUUUUGAAAGUUUCCCCGGGGCCUUUGUAAAAAAUUUGGUGUCACCACAAAUAAAAAGGAUUCCCUUGAGUGGACAAUCAACCCAGGAUUCUCAAGAUAUGAACAAAGCAUAUGCUGCCAUGUUUGCUCCAUUUUGGAAUGAGAUAAUAAAAAGUCUGCGUGAGGAAGAUUUUAUUAGUAAUAGAGAAAUGGACCUGCUUUCUAUACCUAGUAAUGCAGGAAGUCUGAGACUAGUUCAAUGGCCUCUGUUUCUUCUUAGCAGUAAGAUCUUGUUGGCGAUUGACUUGGCUCUAGACUGCAAAGAUACUCAGGCAGAUUUGUGGAACAGGAUAAGUAAGGAUGAAUACAUGGCCUAUGCAGUGAAGGAAUGCUAUUACAGUGUUGAAAAAAUAUUAUAUUCAUUAGUUGGCAAUGACAAUGAAGGAAGACUUUGGGUGGAAAGAAUUUUUCGUGAGAUCAAUAACAGUAUUGUAGAGGGUUCACUUGUUUUAACCUUGUCUCUAAAGAAGCUUCCAGUUGUUUUAUCAAGACUUACAGCAUUGUCCGGACUCCUGAUUCGAAAUGAUCCUGAACUUGCUAAAGGUGCUGCAAAAGCUGUACAUGACCUGUAUGAAGUUGUAACUCAUGAACUGGUUUCCUCAGAUUUAAGGGAGAAUCUCGAUACAUGGAACCUUUUAGCUAGAGCUAGGGACGAGGGACGACUCUUUUCUAGGAUAAUUUGGCCUAAUGAUCCUGAAAUUAAAGAGCUUGUGAAGCGGUUGCAUCUUCUUCUUACAGUAAAGGAUUCAGCAGCAAAUGUUCCAAAAAAUCUUGAAGCCAGGAGAAGAUUAGAGUUUUUUACAAAUUCAUUAUUUAUGGAUAUGCCUUCAGCAAAGCCUGUUAGUGAAAUGUUGCCGUUCAGUGUUUUCACUCCAUACUAUAGCGAAACUGUUCUUUAUGGUACUUCCGAAUUGCAUAAAGAGAACGAAGAUGGAAUAUCUACUCUUUUCUACCUUCAAAAGAUAUUUCCGGAUGAAUGGGAAAACUUUCUUGAAAGAAUUGGUCGAGGAGCAUCCACUGGGGAUGCAGAACUUCAAGAAAGUUCUAGUGAUGCCUUGGAACUUCGUUUUUGGGCUUCUUAUCGAGGGCAGACUCUUGCUAGGACAGUGCGUGGUAUGAUGUACUAUAGGAGGGCUUUAAUGCUGCAGAGUUUUCUGGAGGGCAGAUCACUUGGAGUGGACAAUUAUCCUCAAAACAACUUCAUUACAAGUCAAGAUUUUGAAUUAUCUCGUGAAUCACGGGCACAAGCAGAUUUGAAGUUUACUUAUGUUGUAUCAUGCCAAAUUUAUGGUCAACAAAAGCAGAGGAAGGCACCAGAGGCUGCAGAUAUAGCUUUAUUGUUACAGAGGAAUGAGGCACUUCGAGUUGCUUUUAUUCAUUCUGAUGAACCAUCUGAUGCAAAUAGUUCGAAAGUGUUUUAUUCAAAGCUUGUCAAAGCCGAUAUAAAUGGGAAAGAUCAGGAAAUAUAUUCUAUUAAACUUCCUGGAGAUCCAAAGCUUGGAGAAGGAAAACCUGAAAAUCAAAACCACGCGAUAAUUUUCACUCGUGGUGAAGCUGUUCAAACUAUUGACAUGAAUCAGGACAAUUAUCUUGAGGAAGCAAUGAAAAUGAGAAAUCUUCUGGAGGAGUUUCAUGCGAAUCAUGGCCUUCGCCCUCCAAGCAUUCUUGGAGUAAGGGAACAUGUUUUCACCGGAAGUGUUUCAUCGUUGGCUUGGUUCAUGUCAAAUCAAGAAACUAGUUUUGUAACCUUGGCACAACGAGUUUUAGCCAAUCCUCUCAAAGUUCGUAUGCACUAUGGACACCCCGAUGUAUUUGACAGAAUAUUUCACAUAACUCGAGGAGGGAUUAGUAAGGCAUCCCGUGUUAUUAAUAUUAGUGAAGAUAUAUAUGCUGGUUUCAACUCCACAUUGCGGCUUGGAAAUAUCACACACCAUGAAUACAUUCAGGUUGGAAAAGGAAGGGAUGUUGGGUUGAAUCAGAUUGCACUCUUUGAGGGGAAAGUGGCCGGUGGUAAUGGAGAGCAAGUUCUUAGCAGGGAUAUUUACAGGCUUGGACAACUUUUUGAUUUCUUCAGAAUGCUUUCUUUCUUCUUCACAACUGUGGGUUAUUAUGUCUGCACCAUGAUGACAGUCCUUACUGUAUAUGUAUUCUUAUAUGGAAGAGCAUACCUGGCAUUUUCUGGUCUUGACGAAGCUGUCUCAGAUAAGGCAAAAUUGGCGGGUAACACAGCACUUGAUGCAGCUUUGAAUGCUCAAUUUUUGGUUCAGAUUGGCGUUUUUACUGCAGUACCAAUGAUAAUGGGUUUUAUACUUGAAUUAGGACUGCUGAAGGCUAUUUUCAGUUUCAUCACAAUGCAACUACAGUUGUGUUCUGUCUUCUUUACGUUCUCAUUGGGAACUAGAACUCACUAUUUUGGACGUACCAUUCUCCAUGGAGGUGCAAAAUAUCGAGCUACUGGGAGAGGGUUUGUUGUCCGUCACAUAAAGUUUGCUGAAAAUUACAGACUAUAUUCUAGGAGCCACUUUGUCAAAGCGCUUGAAGUGGCACUGCUUCUUAUAGUUUAUAUAGCAUAUGGGUAUGCAGAGGGAGGUGCUGUUACCUAUGUUUUGGUAACUCUUAGCAGUUGGUUCCUUGUCAUUUCUUGGCUUUUUGCACCUUACAUUUUCAAUCCCUCUGGUUUCGAGUGGCAAAAGACUGUGGAAGAUUUUGAUGAUUGGACAAGUUGGCUUCUUUACAAAGGAGGUGUAGGGGUAAAAGGAGAAAAUAGUUGGGAGUCUUGGUGGGACGAAGAACAGAUGCAUAUCCAAACUUUGAGGGGUCGCAUUUUGGAGACAAUUUUAAGUGCAAGGUUCUUCUUGUUUCAAUAUGGUAUUGUGUAUAAGCUGCAUCUUACCGGAAAAGAUACAUCGCUUGCGGUAUAUGGAUUCUCGUGGGCUGUCUUGGUUGGAAUUGUCUUGAUAUUCAAGGUUUGGACUUUUCCUAAUAAUAUGAUCUUUUUCACAAUUUCUCCCAAAAAGUCGGCCGAUUUUCAGCUAGUGUUGAGAUUUUCCCAGGGAGUCGUAUCUAUAGGCCUUGUUACAGCUGUGUGUCUUGUUGUUGCCUUUACUAGAUUGUCAAUAGCUGACCUUUUCGCAAGCAUCCUUGCAUUUAUCCCUACUGGAUGGGGAAUAUUGUCAAUAGCAAUUGCAUGGAAGAAGAUAGUUUGGAGUCUGGGGUUGUGGGAUUCUGUCCGUGAGUUCGCUAGAAUGUAUGAUGCUGGAAUGGGUAUGAUCAUCUUUGCACCAAUAGCAUUUUUAUCAUGGUUUCCUUUCAUUUCCACUUUCCAAUCUCGGCUUCUCUUCAAUCAAGCCUUCAGCCGUGGUCUUGAAAUCUCUCUCAUCCUUGCUGGAAAUAAAGCCAAUGUUGAGGCUUAGGACUUUCCAUCUUAUAUUCUAUCCAUGCGGGACUUGUAUAUUAUUAUACAUGUAUAUUAUUUUGUAGUUCAGUGUUGAAUUUUUGUACAUUUAGUCUAAAAAAAAUGAAAGGUAUUUUUUAAUGGAUCUGUUAGAUUUUGUCUUCUUGACGACUUCAGUUGUAUAAUGCAUUUUGUCCGGUUGGCUUAGAUGAAAUACCCAUUCUCUCGUGUAGCUUUAGUUUUGUAAGUAUUAUUCAUCAUGAAUACUAUGUUAACAAAUUUAAUAGUUUCACUAAA